AUGGCUGGCGGCGCCGCGAAAUAUAGGCACCUGUCUCGUAAGAGCUCGCACAGGCAAGCCCUGCUGCGCAACCUGGUGACCUCGCUAUUCGAGCAUGAGAGCAUCCAGACGACAUGGCACAAGGCAAAGGAAGCACAGAGGAUUGCAGACAAGCUCAUCACCUUGGGCAAAAAGAACACGGAAAAUAGCAGGAGAAAAGCAACAGAAGUCUUCUACCGCCCCGUCGAGCUCAUCCCGAAGCUGUUCGGCCCCCUGCGCGAGCGCUACGCCGAUCGGCCCGGCGGCUACACGCGCGUGCUGCGCAUCGAGCCGCUCAAGGAAGACCAAGCCGCCUCGGCCAUCCUCGAGCUCGUCGACUCGCCCAAGGAUAUCCGCUUCGCCAUGAUGGCCAAGGUCCUGGCCCGCCAGCGCUCCGAGAACCUGCCCGAGACCCCCAUUACCCGCGCCAACCUGAAGAAGGUCAUGCAGUUCCGUGGCGACAAGGGCAAGGAUCAGAUGGAGAAGAUGGUCGAGAAGUUUGCGAGGUUGACGGCUGAAGGCAAGGAGGUGAAGGAAGUCCACCAGAAGAAGGUCUACCUUGACCCGUUGAACCCCACCAAGGGCAAGAAGGGAUCGCCGUACAAGUGGUAA